UGCCGUUUGACAAUCAGAAAACAAAAAAAUAAACAGUUAUUUAAUUAAUCUUAUUAGGUUCAUUUAAACUAUAAAGAUGAGCUUGUUACGUUUAAGAGUAUUGCGCAAUAUCAAUCGUAACGCUUUACAGGGCUUUGGAAAGGAUUUACCCCGAUCAACCGCUGUGAAUGUCAAUUCUUCUGCUGUCAAUUUCCCGGCCGCCAUUAGAACGCUGAAAACUUUUAACAACAUCAUAACCAAAGAGCCGCUCUCUGCAUUUACACCAUUUCAACGGCAGUAUUCUUGCGAAAAUAUUGGUAAAACCAUGGAGGAGAACUGCGUUGUUCCGGAUGUGAUUUCCAAGGCUCCCGCACAAACUGCUGUGGUUGAAUAUCCAUGCGGCAUUGUUGUUAAGCCGGGCCAGGUGCUGACCCCCACCCAGGUCAAGGAUGAGCCAUGUGUCAAGUGGGAGGCGGAUGCCAACAAGCUGUACACCCUCUGUAUGACCGACCCGGAUGCUCCGAGUCGUAAGGACCCCAAGUUCAGGGAAUGGCACCACUGGCUGGUUGGCAAUAUUCCUGGUGCCGAUGUCGCUAAGGGAGAGGUGCUCUCGGCCUAUGUGGGAUCCGGACCACCUCCGGACACCGGACUGCAUCGCUACGUUUUCCUUAUUUUCGAGCAACGGUGCAAAUUAACCUUCGACGAGAAGAGGCUGCCCAAUAACAGCGGUGAUGGACGAGGUGGAUUCAAGAUCUCUGUUUUUGCCAAGAAGUACGCCCUAGGCGAUCCUAUUGCCGGAAAUCUCUACCAGGCGGAAUAUGAUGAUUAUGUGCCCAUCCUCUACAAGCAGCUGGGUGCCUAGUUCGUCACCAUUAUAUAAGGCCAGUUGAAAUUUGAUUCAUAAUUCGCAAAACUAUUGUAACCUAAAACCUGAAAAAAGACAUAUAGAAAACUUCGUUGCUGGCAAUAAAAUUGUUAAAGACAUCGACUGCAUAAAUGUCUAGUUAUUCCU